UUACUUGAUGACGUUUGUUUGUUUGACAUUGACAUUUAUUUACUCACCGAAUAUUUGGGAUAAUUCGGUCACUCCUUUGUAAUAUUUAUUUAAAAUAAAUUGGAGUUUUACUUAAAAUAUUUCUCUUUGGGACCAAUAUACAGCAAACGUUAUAAAUGUCUAGUGUAUCUAAGAGAAGAAAGGAAGGCUCUAGGGCCAAGAUCAAGAGCAUGGGCGAUCACAAAGAGUUCCUGAAGCGCAUCACUAAGACCCUGUACUACGGGCAGCUGCCGGUGCUGCCCUGCUUGAGCCUGCCUGUUACUGAGAUAUCGUGCGAGCUGUGGUCGGUGUCGCAGCGCGGGCGCUCGCUGCGGCGGCUGCACGCGGACGCGGCGGCGCGGCUGGCGCGCGGCGCCUGCGUGUCGCCCUGCGCGCUCGUGCUGGCGCUGCUGUACCUCGAGCGCCUGCGCGCCGCCAACCCGCACUACCUCGCCGCCACCCCGCCCGCCGACCUCUUUCUAGUCUCACUGAUGGUAGGAAACAAAUUCUUGCAAGAUGACGGCGAAGAUGACGAGGUGAUAUGUUCGGAAUGGGCGGCCUCCGGCGGCAUCGAUCUCAAAACGUUGAAGAAAUUGGAAGUGGAGUUCCUCAGUGCGAUAGACUGGAACGUGUUCGUCAGCGAAAAGUCGUUCGAAUCGAGACUGCAAUGGCUCGAGCGCGCGGUCGCCCUGCGGCAGGCGGCGGCGCGCGGAUACUUCACGUACGCCGACCUCGCCGCCGCCUGCGACGCCGCCAUGCUGGCCGCCCUCGCGCGCGCCGCCGCCGCCGCCGCCGCCCUGCUCGCCGCCGCCGCCGCCGUCCUGCUGGCGCUCGCCGGCGCCGCGCUGCUGGCCCGCGCCGCGCUCGCCGCGCACUCCGGGACCGCGGCCGCCGCCCGCCCCGUCGCGACCUUCGAGGCGAACGUGAUCGCGAGCGAGGCGGCGCCCGCGCGGCCCGCGCCCGACAACGACACCGUGGAGCUGGCCACGCGCGUGCUGGACGACGCGCUGCGCGAGCCCGAGCGGCCCGCGUGCUGCGGCGCCUGGGCCCGCCGGGGCGCGCCGCCGCCGGCCGCGGAGCGCCGCGCUCCCGAGGCGUGGUGGUCGCCGGCGGUCAGCUGGCUGCACCAGAACUCGCUGGUGGGGCUGGUGCGGCGCUGGCUGGGGCGCGCGGCGCGGCGCGAGUGGGCGGCGCGCUCGUGGGGCCCGCAGCCGCACUGCCAGUGGCUGAACCUGAGCCGGCUGGGCGCGCUGGCGGCGGCGGUGUCGGACCGGUAG